GGGAAAUGGAUGGCAAAUGGCAGAUGAUGUCCAGGACAAGAGGCCUUGCAAGAAGAAUGGCACUCGCCAAAGGGCAACCAGAGCAGGUAAUGGGGCCGCAGAAAGAGCAGCAGCCCGGAAACGCCUGGCAGCCAUCAAGGCCAUCAUGAAGAGCAAGAUAAAGCAGGAGGAGCUGGUGGUGAGCCCAGAAACACCAAUGGAAAGCGAGAAAGUGGUCUUUGAUGGAGGGUUUUUCCAAAUCGAAUCUCCUGCUAAACCUUUCUCAGACUGGACUCCCAAUCUGCCAGCAGGAUUCCCAAUCUGCCAGCCGAACCCCAAUGGAUUUCAAGGCGAACAACUCCACAGUUCCUUCCAGCAGUAG